AUGAGCGCCGUCAUCAAAAGCCUGCGACCAGAUCCCGAUGUUGACUUGAAGAAUACCGUCGAAUACGCCAGUAUCUGCUUGGACUGUUUGUAUAAACUCCCCCAGGCGGCAGCAGCACAACGGGUUGGAACAAACAGUGACCAGCGGCGAGUCCGAGAACAUCGGCACACCUUUGAACAACAACUGGAGACCUUUGUCUCCACUCUGAAGGAUUGCUAUGUCUUUGCAGAUAACGUCGGCAUGCUCCGCGACAACCUUGACACGGCGUCAGCAAAAGAAGUCCGUUCGGUCGUGGAAGAAAUGGCCGUAGCUGGAGAAAGAAUCCAUUCGCAAGUGCUCGCAAGUAUCGCCAGGCUUCAUCAGUACUCCCAGACUAGCCCUUACGAUACUGUUUGGCCUAUGACAGCCAAGAAUGAUGCCAACGAAGCCGCCUUGGACGGUCCAAUGCUUCGAACCCAGUUCCGAAACGCAAUACAAGGACUCUUGACAUCCUUCAACCAUAUAUCCGAGUUCUGGAAUGAUCAAGCGGUUGCCUUGAAGACCUCCUUAAACGGGAAAGAUGGUGAAUUCGGUCUCACAGCAGACCAAGCUAUCACGCUGGCAGAUAGAUGGGCACGUCACUCACCUAUCAUCAUGGAGACGGUUCACUCUCUUGUCAAAAUCUGUGAUGCGCUUACCGUUGAACCCGAGCUCCGGCAAGGCUCUCAACGGCAGACCAGCUUUUCGACCACCUUUACCUCUAGGACACCAGAACAAAGGAAAUACACUCCGAGACUGAUUGGAGAAUCCCCUAAUUCCCUCCCUGAAGCAGAUCAGUCAUCUCAAGGGAGUCGCCCAAGCGCUGGUAGCGAGGGGAGUCGACCUAAUAAAGCUCCAACGGCCAUUUCUGGAAAUAGAAAGCUAUAA